UGUCGCUGCUGGUUCAUACCUAGCCAAGAUGGCAGAGUACCUUGCGUCCAUUUUUGGUACAGAAAAAGAUAAGGUCAACUGCUCUUUUUAUUUUAAAAUUGGUGCCUGUCGCCAUGGCGACCGCUGUUCCAGAUUACACAAUAAGCCAACGUUCAGUCAGACUAUUGCCCUGCUAAACAUCUACCGGAAUCCUCAGAACAGUGCCCAGUCUGCGGAUGGGAUGACCUGUGCCAUCAGUGACAUGGAGAUGCAGGAGCAUUAUGACGAGUUUUUUGAGGAGGUCUUUGCAGAGAUGGAGGAGAAGUAUGGAGAGGUGGAAGAAAUGAACGUGUGCGACAACCUCGGGGAUCACCUGGUGGGAAAUGUCUAUGUGAAGUUUCGCUAUGAAGAGGAUGCGGAGAAGGCAGUGAUAGAUCUGAAUAAUCGGUGGUUCAACGGUCAGCCGAUACACGCCGAACUCUCUCCAGUCACAGACUUCAGAGAAGCCUGCUGUCGCCAGUAUGAAAUGGGGGAGUGCACCCGCGGGGGCUUCUGUAACUUCAUGCACUUGAAGCCCAUCUCACGCGAGCUGAGACGAGAGCUCUAUGGCCGCCGGAGAAAAGGCCGUCACAGAUCAAGGUCGCGGUCCAGAGAGCGCCGUUCUCGCUCAAGAGACCGCGGCGGCAGAGGAGGCGGCGGGCGUGACCAAGGCCGGCGUCGCUCCAGAGACCGCGAGCGUUCAGGGCGAUUUUGAACAACAUGCCUUCUGGUCCUGCAUCCUUCCAUCACCACCAAGAGUUUUUAAAGUUGUUCACCCCCAGAUGUCUUCUGUGUUGUCUCUAAUUUCAAUGCUGUGGCAGCUUUAUUAAAAUUGUUUUCUUGAUUUCUAAAAUAACUUUCACCCCAUUAAAACUAAAAUUUUUACGUAUCCUCA